CCCCUCACUCCGCUGACGGACGAUGGACCGCGACAGCUGCACGGGGAUUCAUUUACGAGUCGCGGAUAACGCGUCGGCUUUUUCCCCCGGGCGAUCUCCCUCGCAAGAUUUAUUAUUAUGAUGAGUCUAGCGAAAUCGCCGUCUGACAGGCCGCGCGCACGUGUUUGUUUACCUUGAUUAGAUGGGGCGUGUUAUGUGAAUCAUUGCGUUUAGAGUCGUGAAUAGUAUUUCGCGGGUGUUUAUCAGCGGCCUGGCUACGCGCUUUUUACAAUGUGCUUUCUGUCUACGCUGGACGUCGCUCCUAUCCUACGUCACGAUAUCAGCAGAGUAAAUCUAGCCGUCGUAGAAUGAGCAACUCGAGCGAGAUCUUGGAGAGAUAUUGAGCUUGAGUGCAAAGUUAGAUGUGCUUUGACCGAUUUCAAGAUGCGUCACUGUUGCUUGAACCACCAAGUCCUGUUGUGGCUUAUCUGUCUUAUUUUCUACACUACGCACAGCAGUGCAGAUAUCUUAGUGUUUUCUGCAGUGGCGAGACACCAAAUCGAAGAGGAGUUUCGCGAUAUGCCGGCCAAGUUUGGGGGAAUAAUACCACCGGAAGGCAUUAAGGGUAUGGUAGUUUAUUCUGACCCUCCCACUGCGUGCCGCAAGAUACAACCUCCCCCAAACGAUACCGAUUACAAUAGUAAUUGGAUAGUGCUGAUACGACGUUACAACUGCAGCUUUGAACUGAAGGUUCGAAUGGCACAAGAAGCUGGAUACGAUGCCGCAAUUAUACAUAAUGUAAACAGCAAUGAAUUAGAGCCGAUGUCGGCGAAAGAUCCUGUAGGAAUUAUGAUACCGUCUGUCUUUGUUAGCGACAUCACAGGAGUUGUUAUCAAGGAAAAUUACUUAUACGAUCAACUAUAUUUUGUAUUGAUUAACGACGAUCUGCCGUUCAAUAUCAAUACUCAUUUGCUCUUACCUUUUGCUAUUGUUGUUGGGAUAUGUUUUUUAAUUAUAGUUAUCUUUAUGAUUGUUAGAUGCAUAAAGGACAGAAGGCGACAGCGAAGACACCGGCUACCUAAUUCUAGCUUAAAAAAGAUUCCUACACACAAGUAUACAAAGGGUGAUCCGUAUGAGACAUGUGCCAUUUGUUUGGACGAUUACAUAGAAGGAGAAAAAUUACGAGUUUUACCGUGUGCACACGCUUAUCAUUCAAAAUGUAUUGACCCAUGGUUGACAAAAAAUAGAAGAGUUUGUCCAGUCUGCAAAAGGAAGGUUUUUGCAGCUGACGAACAAGUCGUUACUGACGAGAGCGACUCGGAUGAUGAUACAGCACCUCUCAUUCGCGACGGCCACCAAGGUACGCAAGGGGGAACGUUUACGCGGCAGAGAGAGAAUCCUUUUAACAGAGCUAGAAGAUCACAGGCUAGACAUGAUAGUAGUUCUAGCGACAAUAGUUCCGAUUCUGAGCAGUCCUAUGUUACCACCGAGGAUGGCGUUAGUACUAGCGCUGGUGAACCAUCCAAUGUUACCGUUUUUAUGGUGUCCGAUACGCAUAGCAUAAACGGUGAAACGCAGGAGUUGGAACGUUCAUCCAGUAGUACCAAUCCGCACACGGUGAGUUUAUACGCGGAUGCUCAAGAAUUUCCAGCACCUGUUGUUCAAAUUGCACCGACACGACGCGGGAUUAUGGCAAAUUCCGUGAUGCCGAAUUCCGAUUAUUACAUCGAAACUUCGGAUAGUAAUGCGUCGGUAACGGCCAGUUCCAACAGAAACGAUGUUAUUACGUAAUGGCCUGAAAUAGCUGUGACUAUCAUUAUACGUUACGAGUUGUUCGUGUCUAGCGCGAAAAAAACGUUUUUCUUUUCUUUCGCGAAAGACACGUUGAUACUAUGGUGCGUACGACGACAUAGAAGCGACAUAGAAUAACAAGAAUGAGCGUAUAUAAUCCAGAAGUAGAUAGUAUUUUUAAUACAUAUAAAAACAUAUUACAUUUUUCUUUCUGAACAAUGAUAUUGCGACUUUGCUUUAUGGCAAAUAAUUUUUUUGCACUAAUUUCUCAAGGAUGUAAUUUGGUAAAUUACGUAAUAAUAUCGUUCUUGUUUUUUUUUGCUGAUUAGUAUCACAUGCAGUGAUGAUUACGGAGAAAGAGAAAUUAAUAAUCCUAAUUUUAUACAUGCUUGCAAGCAUCCUUUAAGAUAUUUUUAUUUUUAAAUUUGAUUCAUCUAUAAGAAAUGUAUAAUGAAAUGUAUAUAUACUAUUGUGUAAUUAUUCGAUCUGUUUUUUAUUUUCAAGAGCUAUAAACAUUGUGUUAUUGUAUAAUUUUUUAACUUUUAAUCCUUAGUUGAAACCGAUUUCAGUAAAUAUAAGUAAGACUGUGCAAAUUCUAGUUCAUUAUUUAAAUAUUAUUUUGUAUUAACUUGGAAACUUUAUGUGGUCUAUUUUGCUUUACGAUUUACUUGUUUGAAUUUCAAAGUUGCACGCUUUUGCCAUUCGAUUAUCAAAACUUGAGUAUGAUGUAAUAUAUGAUUAGAUAAGAGUUUAUUGCGAUAUUGUUAAUGGUAAGUGACGAGUGCUGGUGAUUGUAAAGUGACGAACAUAGCUUUGUUGUCGACAUCGGAUUUGUACAUACAAAUAUUAUCUACUAUACUAAUACGUAUAUAUAACAGUCAAGAGACCAAAAAUGUGCAGAUUCCUUUCAAUGCAGGACAUAGGAUAUUGUAAACUUUCAAGUUUAGACAUUAAGUUGAUGAAAUUGAAUCUUUAACUGCGUUAAGUUUUAUGAAAAAUUUAUUGUUAUCCAAAGUAUAUUAUGUAAACUAACGAAAUUGUUUUAUAUAAAAGAUAGACUAGAGUACUUAUAUAUAAAAUGGGCUGUAUAUAAUAUGACGUGUCAAUAAUUACAUGUAAAUUUCGCUACUGUCAAAUAAUGUGUUUAUUCGAUUUCUCAUCAUUCACAACAGAAAUUGUGAUCCUAAUGAGGAACAGUCAUAUCUAAUUUAAAUCAAAUGCAGAAUAUAUUAGUACGAUGCUAACAUA